CAUUCUCUCUCUACAUUUCUUUUCUUUCGGUCUGUCCUAUUGUCUUUAUUCACACACAUUGUCGACUGCUCCAAAUAUUUGAAUCCCAAAUUCUUUUAAUUUCUUCUCUAUUAAGUUUUAGCACUUUCUAACUUGGUUUCUGAUAGAAUUUUAAUAACAGUACAAGAUCUCAAUUCUCAUCCUCAGUUUUAAUAUAACUGAAGCACCAUUACAAUUAUGGCCGGCCGUUACGAUCCCAACCCUUUUGAUGAUGGGGAAGAAGUCAAUCCCUUUGCUGAUGGAGGAGCUAGAGGAAAAGCAAUGGGGCAGUCAAUGUUUGGUGGAGGUUCAUUUUAUACCACAACUGGGAGUGUUCCCCCUGCCACAAACUCAAGGCUGUCACCUCUCCCUCCAGAACCAGCUGAUUUCUACAAUCCUACCGCCCCAGUUGAUAUUCCUCUUGACAGUGCUGCUGAUUUGAAAAAGAAAGAGAGAGAGCUGCAAGCUAAGGAAGCUGAAUUGAAAAGGAGGGAACAGGAAGUAAAGCGGAAAGAAGAGGCUGCUAGACGAGCUGGUAUUGUUCUCGAGGAGAAAAACUGGCCACCUUUUUUUCCUAUUAUACAUCAUGAUAUUGCAAAUGAAAUACCUAUUCAUCUACAGAAACUGCAGUAUGUUGCUUUUACAACUUUGUUAGGACUUGCAUUGUCUCUUUUCUGGAAUGUCAUAGCUGUCACUACAGCAUGGAUUAAAGAUGGAGACCCGAAGAUUUGGUUUCUUUCUAUUAUCUACUUCAUAGCAGGGGUUCCCGGUGCAUAUGUAUUGUGGUAUCGUCCACUCUAUCGUGCUUUUAGGACUGAGAGUGCUAUGAAGUUUGGGUGGUUUUUCCUGUUUUACUUGCUUCACAUUGGCUUCUGUAUUUUUGCUGCUGUUGCUCCUCCUGUCGUCUUCAAAGGAAAAUCUCUGGCAGGCAUCCUCCCAGCUGUAGAUUUCAUUGGCAAACACGUAAUAGUCGGGGUUUUCUACUUCAUCGGGUUUGGACUAUUCUGUCUUGAAUCCGUGCUCAGUGUCUGGGUUAUUCAGCAAGUAUACAUGUACUUCCGAGGCAGUGGCAAAGCUGCAGAGAUGAAGCGUGAGGCUGCUCGGGGAGCCAUGAGAGCUGCAAUCUAAUACAUCGUCCCUCAUAAACUCGAUGACUGAUUUCCCGUGAAUACAGGUUACUAUUCCACAGGCCAUUAAGAGGUGCAGAUAGAAAAACUGAGUAGCACAUGUAAAGCCUGUUCGAAAUUGUGUGUCCAUUUUUCUGUAUUACCAUGUUUACAGUGAUGAGAAGACUUCCGAGAAAGGGCUAGAAACAGAUAGGUGAUGUACCCGCUGUAUCUUAUUAUAAGGAGGAUUAUAUUGAUCUUUAUGCCUGUAAAUUCAUUGUUUGACACUUGAAGUCUCCCAGAAAGUUUUCUUACAAUUGAUUUUUGAUAAA